UAAGCUCUUGCUCUCCAUGAUAGAAGUGACCAAAGACGAUGCUGUCAGGCGCACGCUAUGCUCUGCUAGGAGCAUGCGUUGGGUCCAACUGAAUAUCACGUUAUCCGAUGCCUGCCCUAUCCCCUCCAGAAUCGCGACAAAAUCCAGUAAAGCAGAUAUAUUUGAGCGUAUAUAAGUCUGCUGUGAUCCGUGAUUCCUGAAGAAUUCAUCCAUAUCUCGAAGAGUCUUUCCCUUUAGAGCAGCAGCCAUCUCCAUAAAGACGACGCCCAGGCUCCAGAUGUCAGAACUUGUGUUCCGAGGCUCAUACUCGGCGACUUCAGGUGCGCAGUAUCUGGGAGUCCUACACGUCAUGCCAGUAGUAGUGCUUCCGCUUGCAUCCGUAAAGUCAAGAGACAGACCAAAGUCUGCAAACAGAACAAUGCCACGGUCCACAAGAAUGUUGCCAGGCUUGAUGUCUUUAUGCCGUACGUUUUGCUCGUGCAAGAAUUCAAGUGCCGUAGCUAGACAGCCAAAGAAGGUUCGCAGCUCAGGGCGAUUAGAUGCUGUAAAAAUCUCCAACUCCCAACAAACUCCACAAUGUGACGGUGUUUCAGGCGCUUUAAAAGUUGGAUUUCAGCAACAAGCUGCUUUAUCUCUUCCUUGUUACGGCUCCUAA